CAAUCGCUUUUCACCUGGUUCUAGCCGGGGCGACUCGGGCCAGAUAAUCGAAUCCCCUCUUUCUAUUGAAGUACUUCUGAAAUUUUGAAUGGCGUCCUUGUCAAUUCUAGCUAGCGACUACUAGUAGCUAAUUUACGCACUGCGAGGGGAUUUACAAGCAACAAAUGUUACUUUCUUCCAAUGCCUAAUAGUCCUCAGGGUGUGUGAGUGGAAGGGGGUGCGGCUGCCACAGUUCCAAAAGUGGGAGCGAGAAAGGCCUUUGAACCCCAGAGAGGCACAAUCUGCUUAUUGUGAUGUCAGAGGAAGACGGUAAACCCGGCCAGGCUCUGGAGGCCAAGGCAGAGCCAGUGGCACCCAGUGGCCAGGGACCUGCGUCUGUGUCCACAACUGUGUCGGGGCCCCCUACCCCCACCGAGGAUGAGGAUGAGAGCGAAGACGAGUCUGAGAUCCUGGAGGAGAGCCCUUGCGGCCGCUGGCAGAAACGCAGAGAGGAGGUGAACCAGCGGAACGUCCCAGGGAUUGACGCUGCCUACCUGGCCAUGGACACAGAGGAGGGGGUGGAGGUGGUCUGGAACGAGGUCAUGUUCUCUGAGAGGAAAAACUUUAAGCUGCAGGAGGAGAAGGUGAAGUCUGUGUUUGACAACUUGAUUCAGCUGGAGCAUCUCAACAUUGUCAAGUUUCACAAGUACUGGGCUGACAUCAAUGACAUCAACCGUGCCAGGGUGAUUUUCAUCACAGAGUACAUGUCCUCGGGAAGUCUGAAACAGUUUCUGAAGAAGACUAAGAAGAACCACAAGACCAUGAAUGAAAAGGCCUGGAAGAGAUGGUGCACCCAGAUCCUCUCAGCGCUCAGUUACCUCCACUCCUGUGAGCCGGCCAUCAUCCACGGUAACCUGACCUGUGACACAAUAUUCAUCCAACACAACGGACUCAUCAAGAUAGGAUCAGUGGCUCCAGACACCAUCAACAACCAUGUGAAGACCUGCAGAGAGGAACAGAAAAACCUGCACUUCUUCGCUCCUGAAUAUGGAGCUGUUGCAGAUGUCACCACUGCAGUGGAUAUCUAUUCCUUUGGGAUGUGUGCCCUGGAGAUGGCAGUGUUGGAGAUCCAGGGGAAUGGAGAAUCUUCCUACGUCUCUCAGGAGGCCAUCAACAAUGCCAUACAGUCACUGGAAGACCCACUGCAGAGGGUAAGAGUUUUUUCGAAGUGUCUGGAGGCUGACCCGUUUAAGAGGCCUACAGCCAGAGAGCUGCUGUUCCACCAGGCUCUGUUUGAGGUGCCCCUGUUGAAGCUGCUAGCUGCACACUGCAUCGUCAGCCACCAGCAUAUGAUCCCUGAGAAUGCCUUAGAGGAGAUCACAAAGAACAUGGACCCCAACCUCAUCAUCGCUGAGAUAAAGGAGGGCGUGCAGCUCAAGCUGUCUCAGUUUCCUGCCCUGGAGCUGGAUAAGUUCCUGGAGGAUGUGAGGAAUGGUAUCUACCCUCUGACAGCGUUCGGUCUGCCCUCUCGCCAGCAGCCCCAGCAGUCCCCUGUCAAAUCCCCCAUUGUCACCCCCUCUGUAAAAUCCCCUACCCCAGAACCUUCGGAACUGGAGACACGCAAGGUUGUUCAGAUGCAGUGUAAUAUUGAGCCAGUGGAGGAGGGUGCAAAGCAUCAUCUGACACUACUGUUGAAGCUGGAGGACAAACUGAACAGACACUUAAGCUGUGACUUGUUACCCAAUGAGAAUGUAAAGGAACUGGCUGUUGAGCUGGUCCAACUGGGCUUUAUCAGCGAGGUGGACCAAAGCAGGAUGGCCACUGUACUAGAAGAGGCCUUCACCAAGUUCUUCAGCAGGAACGAUUCCCUCAACCCUGUCACUGUGUCCUCAUAACAGGAUCACCACGGACCUCAACUCCAGUACCUCUAUAUACGCCUCUACAGGCACCUCCGUAGGUGGUUUGAAAUCAGAUACAAAUCUAAUUUCUGGCCGUGCGACUUGUCUGAACAGUCAAAUCUGAUUUAUUUUCCCUCAAGUGGUUUUUACUGUUAUUUGGUUUAUGUUGUUGCUUCAUAGCUUCUCUGUUGACAGUUUGACAAGAACAUGUGGUAGCUAACUAGCUUUUGUUGUUUACAAACGAUUGAGUGUGCUAGAGAGCUAAACCGCUAGCUAGUUGAUUGCUGUGGCUAGCCAAAAAAGCACUUAUUUUGGAAGUUCGGUCAUCUCAUCCUUUUGAUGCUUUAAAGGUGUUUCUUAACUCUGAUUUUGAACAUUUAAAGCAACUGGGAAAUGUCUAUGCCAGGCAUUGUCACCUUAGCUAACUACAUAAGUGAUAGGGAGCACCACCACCAAUCAGCUUACACCACACCCCCGUCGUUAAUGACAACUAGUGUAGCCAUGUCAGCAAAUGACUGCUGUCUGAACACCCACGCAUCUGAUUUGGUCACUUAACUUUUUGUUUGGAAAGUUAAAAACCAAAACAGAUUUUAGCAUUAAAGAUGCGCUAUGCAGCAAUCGCCAGACCAUUUCCUGGUUGCUAAAAUUCAAAUAGUUUGCCUAAUUUCAGUUUGUGAGAAAACGAGCAAGUAUACUGUAGGGAAUAAUUGUCCCAUCUAAACCACUUGGGAUGAUCUUUUACAUAACCAACAAGAUUGUGUUUGAAGCUAGUGUACAAAACUGAAAGUAAGGUGCUAAAACGGAAACAGAUCUACCCUACCGCUUAGACUUGUUUUCAAUCAAAUGUAUUUAUAAAGCCCUUCUUACAUCAGCUGAUGUUACAACGUGCUCAUCAGCCU